AUGGAUGCUGUCAUCUGGUACUCCCUGGCGAUUGGAGGGCCUCUAGCCACUUCCAUCAUCGUCAACAUAGCGUUGUUGGCCUUUCAUAUUGUAAAGUACAUCGCUGCGCGAGAUCUUCCACAUUAUCUGUCUUUAAGGCAAAUAUGCCAGACCAUACGCCCCUUCAAGAACAUUACUUGGCUUCACCUCAUCGUCGCAAUCGCCUUCAUUUCCACCAAUAUUCUGACCAUCAGCUAUGGAGUCAAGGACGCCGCAGGCUUCAUCCGCCGGUCGGGUGUCUUGUCCGUGAUCAACAUGGCACCGCUAUUCUUGGGAACCCAAAUGAAUUUGAUCGCGAGUAGGUGUGGGCUGAGCCUGCAGUCCUUCGUUGCAGUGCACCGCUGGCUUGGGAUCAUGGCCAUCCUCCAAGGCCUUUCGCAUGCCGUCGUGGCUCUAACGACCCAAACACCCGAUCAUUUGGGAAAGUUGAGCGACAAGUCUGGCGUUGUGGUCACGGCCAUCCUGGUCGCCAUCCCCUUGACAAGCGUCCUUCGGCGAAGAGCGUAUGAAGUGUUCGCUGCUGUCCAUUUUUGCCUGGCCCUAUGCGCCGCUGUCUUCAUCUACCUCCACAAUCCGUCAUCCGGCGUUCUAGAGUCGCCCAAAAGGUAUCUGAUCGCAGCUGCCGGGUGUCUAGGACUCGCAUGGAUCAUACGGCUUGGACUGGUGCUCUACCGCAACACCCGCCUCGGCUCGCUAUCCAGCAGAGCCGCCGUCCGUACAAUCACGUUCGAACUUGAACAGUCAAGCAUACCGCUCGAAGAUGCCGUCCAUGUCCACGUCCGGCUGUCGAGACCGUGGAACGUGAGGGCUGGGCAAUAUGUCUACCUCACCAUUCCGGGGGCCAGCCACACGGCCUGCUUCCAAUCACAUCCGUUCUAUAUUGCGUGGUGGUAUCGGGUCGACGACGACAACUACAUUGUGCUGAUCGCGCAGAAACAAAAGGGCUUCACAGAACGUGUCUUCCGCAUCAGGGAUAGUAGACACAGCAGCAGCUACGGCGGGCGGGCCCUGAUCGACGGGCCGUACGGGAAAGAAAUGGGCCUUGAGUUCUAUGACAAUGUUCUUCUCUUCGCGACGGGCAUAGGAAUCGCCGGUCAACUGUCCCACGUCGCGCAACUCCUCCGGGGCUACUACGACUGCGGCGUCCAGACGAAGAGGGUGACGCUGUUCUGGCAAGUGGAUGCCGAAAUCCAGCUUGGUUGGGUGGCCGACAGGAUGCAGCAGUUGCUUGAGCUCGACGAGAAAAGUCAGGUGCUACACAUCUAUCUAUUUGUGGUGGGCGGCUUCUUGUCGCGAGACGCCGGAAUGACAGACUUUGUCAACCGAGGAAAGCGGAUCGUCGUGACGUACAGGGCCAUGGAUGCAGGGUACCUGACCGGGGCUGAGCUUGAGCGGCAUGGGGGUCGUUCUGUCAUAUCUUUGUGCGCAGACCCCCAGACUGUCAACCGAGUCCGCAUUCUCGUGCAACACAGGGCCGACUCGAAAGUCCACGUGAAGUAUUUGGACUUUAGUCCGGAUGCCGCACGUCCCACGGGAUCGCUUCCGGCAUAG